AUUUACUGUUUGGCGUUUAUUGUGUGUGACGGGAAAAACUACAUUUCCCAUAAUCCAUCUGGUGAAAUCCUUGUUAGCGCCUGUAGGAGAGUCGUGAGGCAGCGCGUUUCGGUUUAUUUACCCAAAUGCACCCAUUUCGUGUUGAUAAAGUGUUUAUUUGUUAGUGUGUACGUGUUUCGGUAAUUUAGAUUGUUCCGGGAUAGAUUUAUCUGCCUUAUUGGUUACGGGAAGCAAACUGAUUGUUUAUAUUUUUUAAUUUUUUACAAACCGAGUUUUAUACGAGGUGUUACUGUGAACGUAGUUCCCUGGAAACAAGCGGGACAAACUCUUUUGGUUCCCGUGUAUUCUGUAGUAGUAGUAAUAAUAAUAAUAAUAAUAAUAAUAAUAAUAAUAAUAAUAAUAAUAUCAAUUGUGCUGUUUGGAUAAGUAAUAAGUGUUUAAUAAGAGUCGCUGUGUUUGAAAUAUAAUGUAUUCAGUGGGGUCAUAUGAACAUAAAGACGAUCACGGCAGUGUGUACGUUCGAGAAAAAGGAGAACUUCGUUUUGUAAACACUGCAGGAAUUGUGCCUCAGCACUCCAGGCCUAAACCAUCGUAUAAAUUAUUCGAUAAAGAUUUUUCGGUCCGACUCCACGUCGACCGUUUCCCUCCUACCGAAUGCAGAAAGAGAAACGAUCACUUUGUUUUCACGUACAAUGGGGAAGGGAGUCUGCGCUACACGGCCAAAUCACUGCUCAAUAUAUCGCUGCUGUUCAUCGCCGAUAAUAUUGAGCACGUCGACUCCCUGAUCGGUUUCCCCGAACAAAUGGCCGACAGGUUGUUCACAGCAGCAGAGGCAAAACAGAAAUUUGUAGAACCUUCUACCUCUGCGAGGGGGUUACAGGUCUUCAGCGAAGCCUAUGGAGAACUUGUGUUGAAGUCGCUGUGUUUGAGAGAAAGGUCGCUCCUGCUUUCAGAAAGGAGCGAAGAGAUUCGUGUGUUUCGGUGCUUAGAAACUCUGGAUCUUCACGGAUGCAGGUUAGGGGACAGCCAUGACUUUUUCCAUCAUCUGACCUCAGAGGCUUGUUCCAGGCUUGUGAAGUUGUUCUUGGGAGAAAACUGUAUGUCAGAUGAAGGCCUGCGGAGACUCACGACACCCAUCAGAGUCAUGAAAAGAGGCCUGGAGAACCUGCAGCACUUGGACCUGUCGAGAAAUCCACUGACGGAGAAAGGACUCGGAUAUUUAACGUGUUUUCAAAAACUGCGUGAGCUCGACAUCUCCAAGACGAACGUCAAGCUGGACUCGUCUCUGGAGAGUUUCUUCAUGAAGAAGAUGUCGAUGGUGUUUUCAGUGUUGCCGCUGCAGACGUUCACACAUUCCGAGUGUAAGAGCGAAGGCUGGGCCGAGGAGGUAAUAAACCAGUGGGAGGCGAACGCUGCAGAAGUGCCGGAGAAAACUCCAAAACCGAGAACAAACGCCCUCCAGUUCUAUGGAAGGGAGAAGUUUGUACGAGAAAACAUUCACACUGUAUGGAACGAUUCCCAACAUGAAGAGCAAAUGAGAGUCAUCCAUUUUUAUAAACUGGACAGUCGCACUACUUCUCACCACACACACCCUGACACACACACCGACACACACGCCGACACACACACCAGCACACACACCGACACACACGCCACGUCUCAGCACACACACGCCACCACACACACGGACACACACGCCUCGUCUCAGCACACACACGCCAGCACACACACGGACACACACGCCUCGUCUCAGCACACACACACCAGCACACACGCCGACACACACGCUGACACACAUGCCACGUCUCAGCCCACACACGCCAGCGCACACACCGACACACACGCCAGCACACACACCGACACACACGCCAGCACACACACUGACACACACGCCAGCACACGCUCCGGAAAGAAGAGGAAAUUCUCCACUGAACAGGAGGAACUUUUGAGGAACCCACACCCUUCAGUCAAACGCUCUGCAUCUGUGUUUACUCUAUCUGCUGAAGACCUGGAGCUUCUCAAUAGUUACUGAGCAGUAUCUGAACUCGUGCACACACACACACACACACACACACACACAGUUUACAUGUGGAACAGGAUGAUUUGGUUUUUAUAAUGAUGAUAAUUAAAUGUGGUGAUUGUAAUAAAUGGCUGAUCUCACUCGA